AUGUCUUCUUCGACCUACAGCAUACAGCCAUCUCUGCUUGACAGCAGCAACGGGAGUGACAGGACAUGGCCUGCGGUCGACCGAGAAACAGUUGACCACACCCAUUCAGCUCCCACGGCCUCUUUUGUUGCCAACCACCUAUCUCCCUACUCACAACUCCCCAAGAACUCUGCGUCUCCAGUAUUGCAGGACGCGAGCACGCCAGCAGACUCUCUAUCCGCCUUCAGCGAACACUACCAGUCGAGCGACCUGAGCGAGCUCGAGAUCGACACCGACCCCUUCUUUGGCGUCGACUUCAACAACGACGGUGGGACGCCCUCGUUCCUGGAAGACCAAAAUUCCAGUGAACACAGCGACUCGUCUCUUCCUCAGGCAGUUCCAUCGCGGCCCCAAUAUGCCACCGAUUUGCAUACUUACCCUUUGAGCCCUGACCCCACCACACCUUCUAUCCACACGACUUCCCCUAGCAGUGAGAACAAGAGCCCUAAGCCAGCCGGCGAGGCCCUUCCUGAGUCAAACUCAUUUCGAGGGUUCUCGAAUGCGCCAAGAUCUGUCCCCUCCCACACAACCCUUAGUCGGCUUGCAACCCAGAACAGCCCGGAAACUCAACUCGCUUCGCAGCCUGCUGAAGACAGCAUAGUCAUGGCUAGCCCGAGCCCCCGGGUCACCGUCUCCAUGUGGGGACGGGACCAGGAGAGCAUUUAUCACGACAAUCCGGAGAGCCCAGCAACCGUCCGCGCCACCGGGCUCAGUACCGAUGACAGCUUUGUUGAAGCCUCGUACCAGAGCUCGUCAGUCACCCGGGACGAGCAUGGAGCAUGGGUUGCGGAUCCACGAACUGGUUAUGGAGGCUGGGGCCCCGAGGCCCGUUCUAGCAACGAAGGUGUUAGCAUCAACGAGCAGCACUCGCGCCGCAAAGUCGCGGAGCGUAACGAGGAAGUUGGAAACUGGAUCGUUUCGUCCGAUGAGAGUAUGCCCCCUGAUGCACCAUCAGAGUUCCCGGAUUUCUAUGACUUUGGUGGCAACACAAUCAGCUCUAGAGAGAUAGCCAUGGGUAAUGCGACCGAGAACAAACCACUGCCUGGUCAGACAUAUUAUACGGGAGGCGGUGGAGCCCUAACUGAAGAAGAUGUCAAUCUGAUGCGCCAGCAUCGUGUCUGGUCAGACGCACCUGCGAUGUUCAACAUAAGCCGACCCGACUCGGACCGCCAGCAGCCAGAGUCCUCAAAGGCUGCGAUGGAGAAGUUUGAGCAGAUGUGCCAAGACAACUCAUCCAUCCUUUCAAGAGCAGCCACCUGGGGCACACGUCGCCGGAGCUUGCCGAGCAUCGAAGAUAUAGACGGCAUCACCAGUGGCAGCUUUUUGAAAAAGCUUUCGAUCAGCCGAGAGAGAAAGCCAAGCGUGCUUUUCAAGGAGAUCCGCGGCUUCGUUCGAAAAUCCAGCACGACCCAGUUGUUGAAGCGCAACCGCAGUGUCCACGAAGGCGUCGGCUCGGGUGAUACCGAGGCUCUGGACCGACGAGAAAGUCAGAAUAGCCUGGCACCUCCUGGUCGCACGGGCAGCUGGGGAAAGAAGCAACAGAUGCCCUCCCUCAACACCGCUCUUGUUUCUAUGGCCGCAGGUGCUGCAACAAUUGGCACUAGCCAUGCUCGAACUAGCUCUGUGAGCAACGUAACUUCGCCGAAAAGCCCCUUCAAUUUGCAGGUUAUGAAUACUAUCAGGCGGCCAAGAAGCAAAUCAGAACUUCCAAAGGGGGCCAGAGACGAGUCUCACCCUAACCUGGUUGGCAUGUGGAAGAAGAACGGUGGUCCACCAGUCGCUCAAAUAGCGAAACCUGCACCGGCAGCCGAUCUAGACGAUGACGAUGACGAGGACGAUGAGCCGUAUGAGGAGACUGAUAUCAACACGCAGGCCAACAACCCCAUUGACGAUAUCACGCCCAAUAUUGCCGGAUUCAGGCAGUACGUGCUGAUGAUGAACCCACGGCUAGCGGAACACAACACCUUCCUCGCUGAUCGGAUUGCACACCAGCAGGUUAUACGAUACAAGGCCCUGCUGAACCAUAAAGUUAAACACCUUCAGCAUGUAUCUUCUCGCAACUGCCCAUGCGGCACUAUGUGCAUUGGUCUUGGAGGCUCGGCGAAUCUACUUGACACAAAAGGCGACGGUCGCGGGCUGGAUCCUCUUUCCAAUGUCUAUGAUGGCUCGGAAGGAGACGUGACACCACUAGAAGGGAUUGUCACGGCAGAAAGCUUCCCCCCAGAUAUUCCGAUGCCACCGGCCAGCACGCUACCAGCUGAGUUUGAAUGUCAGCUUUGCUACCAAGCUAAGAGGUUCACCAAGCCCUCUGACUGGACAAAACAUGUUCAUGAAGACGUGCAGCCGUUUUGUUGCACAUGGGAUAGAUGCAGGGAGCCCAAGAUCUUCAAGAGAAAAGCGGAUUGGGUGCGACACGAGAAUGAGGGUCAUCGGCGAGACAACUUCCUCCAGCAUCUCGUCCGAGAGCACAAAUUCCAGGAACCCAAGAUGAAGACAAAGGCAGCCAUCAAGCGUUCUGGUGGUCAGGAUCCGACGUGGCAGAAGGUCGAGAAGUGCCAUGAAGAGACAAGGAGCAGGCCACAAGACGAGCCAUGCCGUUUUUGCGGCAAAUCGCUUCCUACCUGGAAGAAGCUCACUGUCCACCUGGCAAAGCACAUGGAAAACAUGACACUGCCGGUUCUUCGGCUGGUAGCUCGCAAGGAGCUCGAAGCUGAUUCCAUCAUCAGCCCCGUGCAGGAGCCACCGCCUAGGAACUUCCCUCCUGCCCCUUCCGUGAAGACCGAACCUCAACUUUUCAACCCCUCUCCACAUGCCGGCAACUCGCCUAUGCCGCAUCAAACGGGCGUGUUGGGCUAUGCGAACAAUCAACACUCUCCCUAUCCCUACCAGGCACAGGCAACCUUUGCCAACACCUUCUACGACUCCUCUGUACAUGGUCUGCACCAAAGCAGUGCCACCAACAUCGGGCUUCAGCAGAGCGGGAUGGGUGGCGGCUUCCAGAGCCAAGCAGGCUACCAGAACAUGCCAGCAACAACCGGCCCCUUCAUGACGCCGGGUGGACAAUAUAUGUCCAUGCCACAACACGUAGAGCCCUUCCCGGCUUUCAUGAACCCACUGGGCUUGCAAGAUGCCUCAGGGAACCAGAUAUACGACACGACGCUUGACCCGACCGGCGCUGGAGGACAACACUUCACUCCCCAAGGGUCAGUAUCACCGUACUCACGGUCACCGCUUCAGGGCCAGGGUGGUUUCUACUCCCACCAAUGA